GCUCAGUCGCGAUCUUACAAUGGACAACUUCGGCUACCGCGAAAUGGGUUGGCCAUCUCCGUUGCAGACUCCCGCGCAAACCCCCACAAGAUCUCGUCUCACCAGCAGCGUACGCUCAAGAGUUCGUGAACCUGAAGAAUACCCUCUCAAUUCCGCGUACAGACAUGUCAAGAACAUCGAUUUGCUUGAAUCAGCUCGGGAGCCCGGCAAAGCUAAGGAGUACUUGUUCGUCGGACCAUCACCGCCAGCUGAAGAUGCACCGAAUAUGUACCACAGUUUCGAUGUCCUUGCACCGGACCCAGAAGCCAGGUUAACUGAAGAAGCAGUGCGGAGAGGAUUGUGUGAACGCGCACUAACUUUAGGAGCUGCGAGAUUUUUUGAUGAUGUGGAAUGUGGAUUAAUAACAGCAGAAAACAUAGAAGAACACAUCAGUUCCGCGCCUGAAGUGGUUGUGAAUUUGACUCUAUUGUGGGCCGCAUUUCUCACUCGGGAUGAGUUGUUACCUGCUAUUCUGGAAGCUGGAGCCGAUAUUCAUUACUCAGAGUCACCCGGUUUGACAGCUUUGCAUAUGGCAGCAUUCAGUGGAGCUGGCAGAGCUGCUAUAUUUUUAAUUUCGAGAGGAGCGGACGUCGAUUUUGCGCCUAAAUAUUUUACGCCCCUUCAUUGUGCUGCAUUUGGGAACUCUCUUGAAGUUGCUGAAAUUUUGAUAGCCAAUGAAGCAUCAUUACACUCGGUGGUUCAAAGAGCUGGAUGUGAAGACAAUCUUGUUCAUUGUGCAGUGAGAGCUGAUGCUGUGGAGUGUAUGGAAAUGUUUAUAGAGAGAGGAGUAGACCCUUCAUAUGUGACAUCUGGAGGCUUGAACGCUUUACAUUUGGCAGCGGAGAUCGGAGCUCAACGUUGUCUCUCAUACUUGCUAAAAGAAACGAAGAUAAGUGUAAACGGAGUCACAAAACAAAGAGAUAAGGAAUGCACAGCGCUACACUUAGCAGCAGCUAGAGGAUACGCUGAAUGCGUCGAACUUCUUUUAUCAGAAGGUGCUAAAGCAAACACGAAGAAUUACAGAGGAUUCACGGCUCUUCACCUAGCUUCAAGAUGUUCGAGUAUUGAAUGCGUUGAAGUGCUUCUCCGAGAUGGCAACGCCGACCCCAAUGCAGAAGACUACGAUAAAAGAACCCCUCUUCAUGCCGCAAUAUGUCGCGCCGACCGAGCUUGUGACAUCAUCGAUAUGUUGGUAAGUUGGGGUGCUCAAGUCAACAAAAAAGACGAAUACGGAUAUUCUGCUCUUCAUUUGGCAGCAAUGGACGGCCUGACUCAAUGCGUGGAAACAUUGAUUCUCGGGGCCGAUGUCACGUCCAAAUCGAAGAAAGGUCACACCGCUCUGAGCGUCAUUGCAAGAAAGACACCGAAAUCACUCGCAAUUUUGAAAUACAAUUUAGACUGCGGCAUAUCACUCAGCCGUUCGACUGAAGGCAACGAAGAAGUGCAGAUAGAAUUCGAUUUUGGCAAAUUAUUAAAAUUUUCAUAUCCCCGCGAGAUAACAUAUUUGAACAGUUUGAUUGAUGAAGGUCAGAAAGACAUUUUGUUACAUCCGCUGUGUUCGGCGUUUUUAUUUAUGAAAUGGCGUAAAAUAAGAAAAUUUUACCUAGCCAGACUCAUCUUUUGCUUCUUGUUUGUGUCGUUCCUAUCGAUAUAUGUGCUAACAGCUGUAGUAAAAACCUGUAAAGGUAAAUACUCGAAAAAAUACGGAGUGCCGAAUGAGUUGUGUCAAGCCCAAUCACUGCUGGGUAUCAUGUUAGAAAAUAAUCCAAUUGAAUUUGAAAGAUGGGUUCUUAUGGCCAUCACUGCUUUUGAAAUAGUAAGAAAAUUAACGGGCAUAACGGGAUAUUCGAGUUUAUAUCAAUAUUUUACGACCUUUGAGAACUUGAUGGAGUGGUUUGUUCUUCUUUCUGUGUUCUCCCUCUAUAAUAUCCAUCGUGACUAUAGCUGGCAGAACCACGUCGGGGGGUAUGCUGUGUUGGGAGCAUGGACCAAUCUCAUGUUGAUGAUGGGACAACUGCCUAUGUUCGGAGAUUACGUCGCUAUGUACCAGAAAGUUUUGACAGAAUUCCUCAAAUUACUGCUGGCCUAUAUUUGCUUACUUCUCGGCUUUACCAUUUGUUUCUGCGUGGUCUUUCCCAAUGAGGAAAUGUUCUCUAAUCCCUUAAUGGGUUUCAUCAGUACGUUAUCAAUGAUGGUAGGAGAAUUAAAUCUAAAUAUAUUAAUCAACGAUCCGAUGCAAGACGAUCCUCCUUUGAUCUUCGAAUUAUCAUCUCAAAUUAUCUUCAUUCUAUUCUUAUUAUUUGUUACCGUUAUACUAAUGAACCUAUUAGUUGGUAUAGCUGUUCAUGACAUCCAAGGAUUGAGAAAAACAGCAGGACUAUCCAAAUUAGUUCGCCAAACAAAACUGAUUCUAUUCGUAGAGAUGGGCAUGUUUAGUGCUUGGCUACCCAAAUGCCUGCACAAAUACGUAUACAGGACAGCCCUAGUUUCUCCUGAGGCUGGCAAAGUUAUAUUGAGUGUGAAACCAUUGAACCCUAGGGAGAAACGACUGCCUACUGAUAUAAUGAUGGCUGCGUACGAACUGGCGCAAAUAAACAAAGUAAAAUCAGGGAGAUCAGUAAAAGAGAUUUUAUAUAAGAACAAGUUCUCAUCAAAACUGAAGAAUGAAGGGCAGUCGAACGAUCACAACUUCAACAUAGAGAUAAGAGGGAUGCAAGAGAAGAUAGACCAGGCUACGUUUAAUUUAAAGAAGAUUGACCAGGAGAUGAGACAUCUGAAUACAUUGCUAAUGGAACAACAAACGAUGUUGCAAAAUGUUUUCAAAUAUUCUGAAGUGGUGCCUUACAGAUCUUCGUAUGCCACUACGCCAAUAUAUCCAGAAUCUCCGGUGUUCUUCUCAAGUAACACCUCUGAGAGUAAUAAAUAAGGGACUUGGGUUUGGUUAUCAGGGUUUUAGGGGCUGUGAAUUGAGUGUGCUAAUGGUUUGUCGUUAAAGGUUGAAGUAGAAUGAAGGUGAAAUUUUGUUAUUCUGUAUUUUUUAUAUAAAUUAAAUUGUUUUGUUAAAAUA